AUGGCUCCAGGUGUAAGACAAAGACCAUCUGGAAGAUGGGUUGCUGAGAUCAAGGACUCAUCUCAACGUGUGAGGUUAUGGCUAGGAACAUACGAUACUCCUGAAGAAGCUGCUCGUGCCUACGACGAAGCUGCCCGUGCCCUACGUGGCGAAAAUGCACGAACCAAUUUCGCUCCGUCUGCUCCAAAUAAUCCUAAUACAAACGAUCAAUCGAAUGUAUUGCAGUGUUAUCAUGAUACCAAACAUGGUCUUAGCUUUUCUUCGAUAAAAGCAAAAUUAAGUAAGAAUUUACAAAGCAUCAUGGCUAGGAAUUCGGAAAAUAAGUCAUCGUCAAAGAGUAGAGUAAGUGACCAUUUCACAUUUGCUAGGAUUUUCCACUCUAAGAACAGUUACGAUCACCAAUACCAAAAUCAUCAUCACGUAGACAUGAAGAAAAUUGAGAAAGUUGUGCAACCAAGUAUUAGAGUACUUCCUCAUCAUGUGACCGAUAACGAUAACAAUAAUAUUAAUGAUUCGUAUACGUCUUGGGAAAAUUCAAGUGUAUCUGAUUGUAGCAGUGAAUGGACUGCCUUUAGGCAACUUGGGUUGGAAUCUGAUAAUGGAUCAGAUGGAAGUGAGUUCUUUCUUGGAUCAGAUCCAAUGGCAGGGUGGAUUAGUAGUCCAGAUAUUAUGAGUAGCAGUAGUACUACUGAAGGAUCAAGAAGCAAAAGGUUUAAAGUUUCUUCUUCUGUUAUGGUUCCUCCUACGUUUAGUGAAUCUCCCUUACAUGGUGACAACUAUGUAGGAUUUAAUUAG